GAGGAGAUCAACACGGGCCGAGAUAAAGCCAUCAUAAAGGUGUUCCCUGCGCUCCCCUUGGCUUCUUUAUGUCUUCCUCGUGUGCUGGCCGUGUGUACGCCCUCCUGACCACACCAUCAGCGACUCAGCACACCUCCCACGGCCACAUGCUGCGUGCUGAGGAUGUUGUAGCAUGACCCAAGGCUGACUGAUGCAACAAUGGGAGACGAGCCACCUCCGCUUCCACCCAAGAUGCGUUCUGUGGGUGGGGGUCGAUACACAGAACAGGACAUUGCUAAAGCCCUAGAAGAGGAAAAUAAAGCAUAUGAAAGAAUUCGAAGAGAAAAAUUAGGCAGAUCACAGUCCCAAAGAUCUGCUUCAGUAAAAGAAAAUGGGGCUAAAGAUCGACCAAGGCCUCAGACUCCAACAGAAAGAGGGAGUACUAAAACUGAUGUGAAACCAAGACCUCGUCCCAGUCCAGCCACCACACACCCGACUCCCAAGCCUCGCACAUUUAGCCUCACUCAGUCCCACUCAGAUAGCUUGCUUUCUCCAUCACAAGCUGCACCUCAAAGUAGAUCAAUGUCACAAGGUGCUCCUUUUACUACUGAAUCUCAAUUGACGAGUGUUAGCCAGCCAGUCUCGUCUAGCGCAUCCAAAUUGACAUCUAGUGUCCAAAGUAGCCAGGAAGAUUUAAUUUCAUUUAAUAGUCCAGAGAAACCAAAGAAUGACUUACUUUCUCUCCUUCAUAAUAUCAAUGCCAAUCAGAGUGCAGUGGUUCCUAUUACAACCUCUCAGGGAACGUAUACAAUGUCAAACACUUACAGACAAUCAUUUCCCUCUUCGCACUCAACAGUUAGGCCAUCACUCUCAAGUUUGUCAACAUAUCAAGGCACCUUGGCUCCUGUCUUAGGAGGGUCUCACUGGUCUGUACCUGGUCAGAAUGGAAUGACCCCAUAUCCCAAUUAUAGUCCAUCCCUUUCUUCUCCUUCAUACCAUUCAGUAAUAGGACAAUCUAAUUCCCUAUCUAGUAGUUUCAAUUUCAAUAACUAUAAAAAUCCUGGUCAGCUGGUACCUGUAGCUCAAGUCUCGUCUGGCUCUCAGAGUGUUCCUCCACUCCCACAAAGGUGUCCAAACCUGGAUAUUAAUCUUGUCUUGGGUAAUCACUUGCCUGGAAGUCAAAGUACAUCCUCAGCCUCGGGAACACCCACAAGGGAAAUAGCUGUACGAGGCAGUUUUAAUGAAAAAUCAUCAAGUACUACAAAAAGUGACCUCAUGUAUUUUGAGAAAAGGUCAACAGUGAAUGACUCAGUGGAUAUUGCAACAAAGAUGAAUGUUUUAGGUGCUCAAGGUGGAUCUGUUGGCUCGGGAACGCCUACUAGUGAAACACCCUUCAGUGCCAGUUUUGUAAGAAAAUUAACAAGUGCUCCCAAAGAUGAUCUAAUGCAUUUUGACAAGGGGGCAAAUGAUUCAGAGGAUGUGUUAGAGGUGUUUGACCCAAUAGUGUUGAAAGUCAAAGAAGAGGAACAAGCAAAGAGAAAAUCCUCUAUAAAUCAAGGAGGAACAAAGAUUGACUCUAGUGUAGCAAUCAGCAAAGAAGCCCGCGAGUUAUUAGCGUACAAGUCACGCAAGGGACGUGGUGAUGACGAGAUGAGCUACUAUGAACAAGUGGAUCCCUUUGAGUACAUGCAUCCUGGGGCGAGCAGCACAAGGUCAGAUCCAGUUUAUGAUGUUUACGAUGGAUUGGUCAGUCCUGGAGCAGUUGGUGGAGAGACUUUCGAUAUCCCUCCUCCAUUACCGCCUCGUUCAAGCGCUCCUGAUGGUGAAGUGCAGUUACGAAAAUCAGUUAAAAGCCCCAGAGUUCAGAAGCAAAAAUCAGAAGAGAAACGGUCCUGCAUGACAUUCGACGGAAUUUCAACGCAAUGUCACAUACACCUACGGAAGAUUCCUGCUCUGAAUGCAGAUAAUGAAGCAAAAGCCUUCUGGGACAGCAUCAAGAAACGAAGAGGAGAAUACACUUGGAAUGAUCAUGUUGGGAAUCCAGGCCUCAUGCACAGUCCCUGCCUUGAAAGUUCCAUUGACCCUAAACAGAGUAUUAAGUUGAGUGUCCACUACAGCAACCAUGAAUCUGUCACCUUCACAUGCAAUUUGGAUUCAAGUGUGGAGCAUGUCGUGAUGCACACCGUGUGUACACUGGAGCUUCCUGGAGAGUCAGCAGACUAUGUCCUCAAGGUACGAGGAGUGGAUGAAUACUUGUCUGGAGAAACUGUCCUUGGCGAGUAUGAAUAUGUACACACCUGUAUGAAGUUUGAUGAGGAUGUUAUCUUCACACUGAUGCAUGCAGACUCUGUCAAGCAGGCAUAUCUGAGAACGGAGGAAGAUGAUAUUACAGUCACGAAUGUACGAGUUGAAGAACUCAUGUCUGCGGGGUCAGGAGAGGUGGUGCACUAUGAGCAGCUCACCAUCGUCGUUGAAACAUUUGAAAAAGAAUUGUCACGUCUCCAGAAUUCUGGAUUUCUGUUGAUUGACGGUACACCAGUGCAGGACUUGCCUUCUCCUAUGAGGUCCAGGAAGGUCCGUCAGGUGGUGAGGCAGAUGUGUACUGUGCUGGGAAACUUGGAAACAAAUGAAAUAUCUGAUGCCAUCACAAAUCUUGUAGAAAAGUGUAGAAUAAUUCAGAAAAGUCAGGGUGUUCUAGAUGGGGAGGAAGAUUUCCGUGAACAUCACGUUUUGUCUACUGGCUCCCAUGACACCACCAACCCAGAUAACCUGAAGAAAAAACUCCUGGAGGCUGUCAGCUGCCUUGCCGCUGCAGUGAACAACUUCCUAACAAUGUAUGCGAGGGCCUUCAGGGUGGAUUUCACUGUGGACAUGACUUCAGAACUCAUAAAUGACCCUCAAGACAUACGAGAAGUAAGAGAAAAAGUGUCCGUGAGAGUUCAUGGACUUCAUCGACUUGAACGCGAGUGGAAAUAUGAUGAGUAUUUUGUGGAUGCACAACUCUUCCAUGGGUCAAGAUGCAUAGGCCAGCCUGUUCAUUCUCACACCAAGAAAGUUUCAGAUAAUGCCAAGUUUUAUCCCAAAGUAGACUUUAAUCGAUGGCUUGAUCUUGGUGCUCGCAUCAAUACUUUACCAAAGGAGAGCAGACUCGUAUUGACAGUGUUUGGCCUGAAGGUUGUUGAGGCAGAAAGCAAAGCUGAGCAGCCUCAGUACAUCAGGGAAGAAGUAGGAUGGGCAGCAAUACAGUGCUUCUCCUUUGAAGGACACCUCACCCAGGGCUCCCACCUCCUCACUCUGUGGCCCAUGGCAAGUGACCGCCGGCUGGGCCCUGCCCCCUACUCCUCAGACCACCCACAGGUCCAUAGCUGCCCUGUCCUCUCUGUGGAAUUACAUGACUUUAAGGGGGAAGUUGUGUUCCCAGAGGUCAUCCCUCUUGAACCAACAGUGCUUGAGUUCUCCUCAUUGGACGUCAACACACAACAACAACUCUCUGAUAUAAUAGAGAGGGACAUUUUUACUUUUAACAAGGGAUCGGCAGAAGAACGUGAAAUUCUUUGGGAGAAGAGACAUUAUCUCCACUCUGAACCCUUCGCCCUGGCCAAGGUCCUUCUUGCUGCACACUCCUGGGAUGUGUCCUGUCUGCCAGAUCUUCAUUCUCUUGUAAAAAAUUGGGCUUCACCAGCCCCUGCAGAUGCUUUACACCUACUCCUACCAUGCUUCCCAGACAGUGUCAUCAGAUCUCGUGCAGUGGAAUGGAUCAGGGGCCUGGGCUCUGAUGAGCUGAUAUCAUUUUUGCCUCAGUUAGUCCAGGCUGUGAAACAUGAAGCUUGGGAUGUAUCCCCCACAGCUGAGCUGUUGCUGGAGCGUGCACUCACUUCUCCCAGGCUAGCGCACCAUCUUUACUGGCUACUCAAUCAGUGUCUUCCUCUUCAGACCAACAUGGGAGGAGAGCGUGAGGUGGUAAGUGAUGCCAGGUACCGGCGCCGGCUGAAUCUAGUGACUCGAGCGUUGAUGGCGAUAUGUGGGAAGAACAUGGAAAACAGACUUCUGACACAGGAGGCAGUUCUUAGGAGUUUAUAUGCCACAGCCAUGAGCAUCAAGGACAUAAAGGACAACCAGCGGAUGCCCAGAUUAUGCAGAGAUUUGGAGGAUAUUCACUUCAGUCUUCAGGCAACUCCAACAUCUCUACCCUUGUCCCCGUCCUUGGAGGUGGCUGGAGUGGACGUCAAGAACUGCUCCUACUUCAAUUCAUUUACAGUCCCUCUGAAACUAGCAUUCUUGUCUUCAGAGGAAAAUACCAAUCCUAUUCAUGCAAUAUUCAAGGUUGGAGACGACUUGCGGCAGGACAUGUUGGUGAUCCAAAUGAUCCGGCUCAUGGACAAGCUGUGGUUGAAGGAGGACCUAGAUCUCAAGGUGGUCACCUUUAGUGUUGUUCCUACAGGUGACAAAAUAGGAAUUAUUGAACUAGUCAAGGAUGCAGAAACUUUACGCAAGAUCCAGACAGAGUAUGGGGUCACAGGCUCCUUCCAGGAUCGCCCCAUUGCAGAGUGGUUGGCAAAGCAAAAUCCCUCUCAGCUUGAGUACCAAAGAGCUGUGGAAAAUUUUACUGCUUCAUGUGCUGCAUACUGUGUGGCUACUUACAUACUUGGAAUCUGUGAUCGUCACAAUGACAACAUUAUGCUGAAGACUUCGGGUCACCUCUUUCACAUUGAUUUUGGCAAAUUCCUUGGGGAUGCUCAGAAGUUUGGCAGCUUUAAAAGAGACCGUACAGCUUUUGUACUGACAUCGGACAUGGCAUAUGUUAUAAAUGGAGGUGAAAAACCUUCAGACAAAUUCCAAGGAUUUGUGGAUCUGUGUUGUCGAGCCUUCAACAUCAUCCGAAGAAAUGGUCAGCUCCUGCUGUACCUGUUUGCUCUGAUGGCAUCAUCUGGGAUUCCUGGUGUGACGUGGGAGGCGGUGACAUAUGUGGAGCGCGCUCUGCUGCAGGACAACACCAAUGCUGAGGCCGGCGCCAUGUUCUCCCGCAUGAUACAAGAUUCUCUCAAAUCCUGGUUCACUCAGGUUAAUUUCUUCAUCCACAACCUGGCACAGCUGAGGUUUUCUGGUGAUCACUCAGAUGAUCUCCUCCUUUCCUUCAUACCAAGAACAUACACAGCACAGCAAGAUGGAAAAAUUACCAGGGUGAGCCUGUACAGUUACCAGAAGCGCUACAACCCCAACAAGUACUAUGUGUACAUCCUUGAGGUAGAGAGGGAGAGCCAGCGGGAACCUUCCUACUUAUUCCGCUCCUACAGAGAGUUUUCAGAGUUUCACCAAAAGUUGUGCCUCAUUUUUCCACUUGCCAGAAUACACAGCCUUCCUAAAGGAGUGCAGAUUGGCCGCUCAGAAGUGAAGGCAGUUGCUGAGAAGAGAAAACUUGAGAUUGAGCUUUUCCUAGCCACUCUCUUUGAUUUGACAGCUGAGAUAUCUCACUCUGAUUUGGUAUACACCUUCUUCCACCCACUAUUGAGAGACCAAGAAGACACUGAUAUCCACAUCAAGAAGUUGAAAAACAAAGAUUCCCGAAAGUCAAUGCCUCCAAGCUUGCCAAGCGUAUCAGGUCACGUGAAGGGCCAAGUGAAAGUAAGCGUGCAAUACUUGCGGGGGCAGUUGCAGAUCAUGGUCCAUCAUGCCCGCAACUUGUCUCUCAUUGGUAAUGGUCAGGAGCCUUCACCAUAUGUCAAGCUGUAUCUUCUGGAAGAUCCUCACAAGAGAACCAAGAGGAAAACAAAAGUUGUAAAGAAGACAUGCCAUCCUACUUUCAUGGAACUUAUUACAUACCGAAUGUCUCAAGACAUCAUCAAGCAGCGUGUCCUUGAAAUAAGUGUUUGGAGUGAAGACAAAUUCAGUGAGAAUAUUUACCUAGGAAGUUCCUAUCUAAGACUCAGUUCCCUGGAGCUGAAGGAGGAGCAGUGUGAGUGGCUGAGCUUGGAGCACCAGCGCAACACAGCUCUGGGACACACCAUUCAACACAAUGCCUAGGUGAAGCAGGUGAUCAUAGGCAAUUCUUUCAUCAACUUUUUUUAUGUGCAACAUGACAAAAAUAUUCAUUGUACUUCCAUAUCCUACAAGACUGUGAUAAGUGGUAUCAUGCUUUCAUAACUUUUUUUCCAUAGGUCUAUAUUUGAGGUAAAGGUACUGUAAUACAGGAAUGAAUUAGAAUGUGGUUAUCCUAAGUCAUUGUCAGCAAUGUUACUAAUUCAAGUUUCCUGCUUGCUGUAAAGAUAUCAUGAUCAUAAGGUGACUAUGAUUCUGAGAGGAGCACAACCCUGAGGAUCAUAGGUCAGCUUGCUGAUUGUCUCUUAGGGGACACAGACGCAGACUCAACAACACACACACGCACAUUAGGCAUGCCACUUCCUCAACAAUAUUGCUCAUUGUGU